CCGGCUGCCCGCGCUGCGAGCCGCCGAGCUGUCAGCGGGCGGACCAGCCCAGGGAAGCGGAGCCGAGAGGAGCCAAGAGCGCGGUCCUCGCCUCCGGGAGCCGGAGCUGCGCAGCUUCACGCUUCGAGUCUUCCCGGCGCCGCCGUGAUGCUGCUGCUCGCCCUGCGGCGGGCACGGGCCAGGGGCCGGAGGCGACCGGCCGGGGGUCCCCGGCGCGAGCGCUCGCCACGCUGGAGCCCCGCCUGGAUUUGGUGCUGGGUGCUCGCAGGCUGCCAGGCAGCCUGGGCUGGGGACUCGUCCUCCUCUGGCCGCCCGCUUCCUGCGUGCCAGGAGAAAGAUUACCACUUUGAAUAUACAGAAUGUGAUAGCACUGGCUCCAGGUGGAGGGUCGCCAUUCCGAAUUCUGCUGUGGAUUGCUCUGGCCUGCCUGACCCAGUGAGAGGCAAAGAAUGCACUUUCUCCUGUGCUUCUGGAGAGUAUCUAGAAAUGAAGAACCAGGUAUGCAGCAAGUGUGCUGAAGGCACCUACUCCCUGGGCAGUGGCAUCAAAUUUGAUGAAUGGGAUGAGUUGCCGGCAGGAUUUUCCAACGUCGCAACAUUUAUGGACACUGUGGUGGGCCCUUCUGACAACAGGCCAGAUGGCUGUAACAACUCUUCUUGGCUCCCUCGUGGAAACUACAUAGAGUCUAACCGCGACGACUGCACUGUGUCGCUGAUCUACGCCGUGCACCUGAAGAAGUCAGGCUAUGUCUUCUUUGAGUACCAAUACGUGGACAACAACAUCUUCUUUGAGUUCUUUAUUCAGAAUGACCAGUGCCAGGAGAUGGACGCCACCACCGACAAAUGGGUGAAACUCACAGACAGUGGAGAAUGGGGCUCCCAUUCUGUAAUGCUGAAAUCAGGCACAAACAUUCUGUACUGGAGGACAACAGGCAUCCUUAUGGGUUCUAAGGCAGUCAAGCCUGUGCUGGUGAAAAACAUCACCAUUGAAGGGGUGGCGUACACCUCAGAGUGCUUCCCAUGUAAGCCAGGCACUUUCAGCAACAAACCAGGCUCGUUUAACUGCCAAAUGUGCCCCAGAAACACCUAUUCUGAGAAGGGCGCUAAAGAAUGCAUAAGGUGUAGGGGGGACUCCCAAUUUUCAGAGGAAGGGGCCAGUGAGUGUGUGGACCGUCCACCCUGCACUACCAAAGACUAUUUUCAGAUCCAUACUCCAUGUGAUGAAGAAGGAAAGACACAGAUAAUGUACAAGUGGAUAGAGCCGAAAAUCUGCAGGGAGGAUCUCACGGAUGCUAUUAGGCUGCCCCCUUCUGGAGAGAAGAAGGAUUGUCCCCCUUGCAACCCGGGAUUCUAUAACAACGGAUCUUCUUCUUGCCAUCCCUGCCCUCCUGGGACGUUUUCAGAUGGAACAAAGGAAUGUAAGGCAUGUCCAGCAGGGACAGAGCCGGCCCUUGGGUUUGAAUACAAAUGGUGGAACGUCCUCCCAGCCAAUAUGAAAACUUCCUGCUUCAAUGUUGGGAAUUCCAAGUGCGAUGGAAUGAACGGUUGGGAGGUGGCUGGAGAUCACAUCCGGAGUGGGGCCGGAGGCUCUGACAAUGACUAUCUGAUCCUAAACCUACACAUCCCGGGAUUUAAACCCCCUACGUCUCUGACUGGAGCCACAGGUUCUGAGCUAGGAAGAAUAACGUUUGUCUUUGAGACUCUCUGCUCAGCUGACUGUGUUCUGUACUUCAUGGUGGAUAUAAACAGAAAAAGUACCAAUGUGGUAGAAUCGUGGGGAGGAACCAAAGAAAAGCAAGCAUAUACACACGUCAUCUUCAAGAACGCAACGUUUACAUUUACAUGGGCAUUCCAGAGAACAAAUCAAGGUCAAGAUAACAGACGUUUCAUCAAUGAUGUGGUGAAGAUUUAUUCCAUCACAGCCACUAAUGCGGUUGAUGGGGUAGCAUCAUCAUGCCGUGCCUGUGCCCUUGGUUCCGAGCAGUCGGGCUCAUCAUGUGUACCCUGCCCCCCAGGCCACUACAUCGAGAAAGAAACCAACCAGUGCAAGGAGUGUCCAGCUGACACCUACCUGUCCAUCCACCAGGUCUAUGGCAAGGAAGCUUGCAUUCCCUGUGGGCCUGGAAGUAAAAGCACCCAGGACCACUCGGUUUGCUAUAGUGACUGCUUCUUCUACUAUGAGAAAGAAAACCAGACUUUGCACUAUGACUUCCGCAACCUCAGCAGCGUGGGCUCGCUAAUGAGCGGCCCCAGCUUCACUUCCAAGGGAACGAGAUACUUCCAUUUCUUCAACAUAAGUUUAUGUGGGCAUGAGGGGAGAAAGAUGGCUCUCUGCACCAACAAUAUCUCAGAUUUUACAGUCAAGGAAGUGGCGACAGGGUCAGAUGAUUACACGAAUUUGGUUGGAGCAUUUGUGUGCCAGUCAACUAUUAUUCCUUCUGAAAGUAAAGGGUUCCGGGCAGCCUUGUCAUCCCAGUCUAUCAUUCUGGCGGACACAUUUUUAGGAGUCACAGUUGAAGCUGCCUUGCAAAAUGUUAAUAUCAAGGAGGAUAUGUUCCCAGUGUCCCCAAGCCAAAUACCAGAUGUGCAUUUCUUCUACAAGUCUUCUACAGCUACCACCUCUUGCAUUAAUGGCCGAUCGACUGCUGUGAAAAUGCGGUGUAACCCCAUGAGACCUGGUGCAGGGGUGAUUUCAGUCCCCAGCAAGUGUCCAGCGGGCACCUGUGAUGGCUGUACAUUCUACUUUCUAUGGGAGAGUGCAGAGGCUUGCCCUCUGUGCACGGAGCAUGACUUCCAUGAGAUCGAGGGAGCCUGCAAGAGAGGACUGCAGGAAAUACUGUACGUAUGGAAUGAACCUAAGUGGUGCAUUAAAGGAAUUACUUUGCCCGAGAAAAAGUUGUCAACCUGUGAAACAGUUGAUUUUUGGCUGAAAGUGGGAGCUGGUGUGGGGGCAUUCACAGCUGUUUUGCUGGUGGCUUUAACAUGCUACUUUUGGAAGAAGAAUCAAAAGUUGGAAUACAAAUAUUCUAAAUUAGUAAUGACGACUAACUCAAAAGAGUGUGCACUUCCAGCUGCAGACAGCUGUGCUAUCAUGGAAGGAGAAGAUAAUGAAGAGGAUGUUGUAUAUUCCAACAAGCAGUCAUUACUAGGAAAACUUAAGUCUCUGGCCACAAAGGAAAAAGAUGACCACUUUGAAUCUGUUCAGCUGAAAUCCUCAAGAUGCCCCAAUAUGUGAAGAGACAGUGCUGUAGCUUUCAGGACCCCUGUUAGGACCUGUCCUCACACCUGUCAUGACUGUGCUCUCACAGAGGAGGUGUGUCACCGAGAGGAGGAGGAGGCAGACAUGUUGAUUGCCUUAUAACAUGUCACAUACUUGGUCAAACUACUGAAGAGAGUGAUCUGGGCCUCACUGAAGAUGAAGCUUAACUCAGGAAGAGAUGUAGCUGUGUACACACAGAACUGGAACCCAAGUUUAAGCCCACCAAUGCACUGCUGAUGCAUGCCAUAUAAUUACUGGGUAACUUUAAUUCUUUACAAUGUCUACAUACAAAAUAUGUGUUGGAAGGCAGACAUAAGCAUAUGCCUUGUGUUUCUGAGUAUGUCUUGUUCUUGUACUUUGGACGAUUUGAAAGAAAAAAAAAAGCAAACAAUUAAGCUAUAAUUAUUUUUCCCUUUAUUUCUCCAAGACAUGAAAACAUCUUUUCUAUUAAAAUGGUGAGCAAUGGAAGAAAAUAAAUUUUCAUAGGCUAUUUUUUUUUCUUGACUCUGGAAGUCUAGCAUAUCAGUAAUAUUUUGUGAAAUUAUUUACUCGGUUUAUCUGAGGUGAUAAUCACUUUAAAAAUCCCCUUCCUGUUGGAACUAGUAUGAAGAAUUUAAUUAAAUUAUUGAAGGAGUCGUGUGGGGGUGGGCUAGGGGGUGAUAAGGAGAAACCCCAACUUCCAUUAAUUUAAAUAAUCUGAUAUUAUCAGAAGUCAGAGGGCUUAAAGCUUUUGAGUGUCAUGGGAGAAUAAAGCAAGUGGAACACCUUGUUUACUAGACCCCUGCACAGUCAGGAAGGAGGGGGAUGGCUUGUCCCUGAGUACACAUCGCUGUGCUGUUUGGGUAACUCAAGGUUAUCACACAUGUCAUUGGGGCUUUUCCUCCACAUCCUGUGCCGUCCAGAGCUCUGGAGGGUUUGUAUUUUUCCUUUUGUACAGAACUUUGAAGGUUAUGAAUUUCUUUGGCGAUUUUAUUUUUUAAGCCAAGAAGGAAGAAAUUUGAUUUUUGAAAUGCAUAUAGUUGUAUUCAUAGUAAGAACCUUAUCAGCAUUACAAAAUGCAUAUUGUUCCUGUUCAAAAGCAACCCAGAAAAUUGUGACAUUUCUUAUAAUGGAUUAUGAGUAUUAGUGUGACUUGGAUAUUAUUUUUGAAAGAAGUUUGAAGGUGAAUUUGAUCAAGUUUAAGUAAACUUUAAGAACUGGGACUGAGAGUAUCUUGCCCAUUAUUGAUCUGGUUUAAACUGUAGUCUUUACAGAUCUUAAUCCAAAAAUUUAAAAUAUUUUUGAUUGGCUGAAAUAGGCAGGGCACAUGGGUAAGUUUUUAACCAUGUUUUUUUUUUUUGCCCAGGGUGUUUCAGUGACUUGUAAUGUUUGAUUUUAUGGGUGGUGUAGCCUUUAUUUUUGUGAAAAGUGGGAGAAAAUAAAUAAAUAAAUAAAUGUGUUUUUUGGCCAGCAGGCAAAACACUAGACCUUUUUGCUAUCACUAAACGAAUGGUUUUGUGUGUGUGUGUGCGUGCGUGUCUGUUUGUAUCUACUAUUAAAUAUAGAAAUAGGUGAUGUUGUAUUAUUGUUUGUCAUAAAACUGAAGGGACUGUUACUUAGCAUAAUUUUUUAAUUUAAUUUCUUGAAUAUUUUCCUAAGCUAGAAAUUAUUUUGGCUUUGCUCAUCUUUGUCCCAAUAUCAGAAUAUUGGCAUGCCUCUUCCUCUCAUCAUCAAAAUUUAACUAUAAGAGUGGAAAUGCACUUGAAAUACCAUUCAGAGGAAGCUGGCAGAUGUGUAUAGACUGGACACAGUCAGAAAGCCUCUUCCAUCACCUGUCACCAUUCUUCAUCCGCUACUGUGCUCAACAUGGAUGUCCCAAGCCAUAGAGAUAAUUAGGGUUUGUUCCCAGGUCGUUCUUUUUUUCUUUUGUCACUGGACUGAAAUCCCUGACAUGUCAAAAAUGCCUUAAAUUUUAAUGAACUCUCUGAAAAUGCAGUUGAUAUUGAAGAAGUUUUAUUUUAUUUCUAAUUUUAGAUAUUAAAUAGAUUUUUGUCAGCUCAGUCCUGUCUUUGGAUUCCCAUGGCUUGUCAUUUUAUUCUAAGAGCUGAAGAACUUUGACAGAGAGAACAUUAGGAGGAGAAUAUGCAGACCAAUUUUAGCUAUAAAAUUUUGUUUGGUUUUAUGUAUGGCCUCUGACAAGCCCAGUGAAAUGUUGAAAUGUAUAAACAAAUUAUUAUGUUUCUAUGACUUAGUUGACAUUUACUCUCCCCAUUACCACCAGUGAUAGAAAAAAAUGUGUUAUUUGUUAUUUUUUUAAAGGCAUACUUUGGAGCCUUAAAUACUUCAUCAAGUCAACUGUUGCCUGUAACAUCUCUUAGUGCUGUGUCAAAGCAUAUUUAAGUCAAUUUUCCACUGGUUGAGAACAUGUCUUCUAUGAUAAGUUAUAUUACUCCGUUUCAAAUGUUGAGCAAUUUGGUAUGUACUCAUUUGAUUUAAAAGACUGAAUUUUAUUAUUAUUGAUCUUCUCCCUCUUUGGUUACUAGUACUCAUAUCUUUCCUAGGA